CAACCACUACUCCUCUCCUCUCCUCUCACCACCAACCUCCUCGUCCUCCUCUCCUUGGAUUCCACUCCUCUCGACCACCACCACCAGCAGCAGCAGUAGCUGUAGCUUGCUGCUGCAGCCUGCCUCUCCUCGAUCUCCGGGCUCCCCUCUUGCCUCCGCCGUGGCGCCGUGGUGUGGUUUCUUGGUGAGCCGUGCAAUGCGGGGCGGAAGCUGCCGAACCCUGGGCUGGGAUUAGGGUUCUUGUCUCGGAGAGUCGGAGGCUUUGGUGUAGUUCUUGUUUGGAUUUCGAGGCUGUGUGUUCUUGGGCUUCGAGGAGGAGCGGUUUUCUUUGGUAUCGAAGAUUUGAUUCUUUCGGCGGCGGGAAUGGCGGCUUCCAUGGCCGGAGCGCCGAGGGUCCGGUCGCUGAACGUGGCGGAGACGGACGCGGACGCGAGGCCGGUGCUGGUGCCGGGUGGCAACAAGGCCAGGUCGGGCCCCGCCGCCGCCCGGAAGCCCUCGCCGAAGCCGCUGCGGAAGGCGGACACGGCGGCGAGGACGCCGGAGAAACCCGCCGCCGCCGCCGCCGCCGCCGCUCCUCCGGCCAAGGAGGAGGAGGGCGCCAAGAAGAAUGCCGGCGGCGGCGUGGGCAAGGGCUCGUCCCCCUUGCCGUCGCCGAGGCGGGCGCAGCCGCAGCCGCCGCCGGCGAGGAAGGCGGCGCACGACGCGCCCGUGCACCUCAACCUGUCGCUCAACGCGUCCUGCUCCUCGGAUGCCUCCGUGGAGUCGCUCCGCGGCCGGGACUCCUCCGGUGGGAGGCUGGAGAGGAGCUGGUCCAGGGUGGCGCCCGCCGUGCCGAGGCGGGGGAAGACUCCAGUGAAGGCGGCGGCGGCGGCGGCGGCGGCGGAGAAGGUUGCCGCCGAUGCGGAGGUUGUCGCACCGGCCACACCGGAGGCGGGGAAGAGGAGGUGCGCGUGGGUGACUCCGACCAGUGAUCCUUGCUAUGUCAUCUUCCAUGAUGAGGAGUGGGGUGUUCCAGUUCAUGAUGACAGGAGAUUGUUUGAGCUGCUUGUACUGUCUGGUGCAUUGGCCGAGCUCACAUGGCCUGAAAUUCUUAAAAGGAGGCAACUUUUCAGGGAAAUUUUCGUGGACUUCGAUCCUGUUGCUAUCUCUAAAAUAAAUGAGAAGAAGCUUGUAGCACCAGGAAGUGUUGCCAACUCCCUUCUGUCAGAGCAAAAACUCCGAGCAGUUGUUGAAAAUGCUCGACAGAUACUUAAGAUUGUAGAUGAAUUUGGAUCCUUCGAUCGAUACUGUUGGGGCUUUUUGAACCACAAGCCAAUAGUGAGCAAAUUCCGAUAUCCAAGGCAAGUCCCUGUCAAGAGCCCCAAGGCAGACAUGAUCAGCAAAGACAUGGUCCGAAGGGGUUUCCGAGGCGUGGGCCCAACAAUCAUAUAUUCCUUCAUGCAGGCAGCAGGGCUGACCAAUGAUCACCUUGUCAGUUGCUUUCGGUUCAAAGAAUGCAAUGAAGCUCCAACUCUUUGCACGAGUGAUACUAGCAAUGCAAAUUCAGAGGCAGAUCUAAGUGCAGAUGAACUGAGAACAAAAAUCUGCAGCAAGGAGAUGGCUGCAAAAGCAGAGCUGUUGAGGACGAUCGGUACGCUUAUCAUUUCAUAGGACCAUGUGGAACAGUGAUGCGGUUACUGUACCUGUAUUGCCCAUGUGUAGGUUGUGUGCUAGGUUAUCCUCAAAAUGAGUUUUAGGGAUCAAAAUGCUUUUGUGUAUAAAUCAUUUGUGUCAGUAAUGCAACCCAGUUUGUACAUUGCUACCGGAGAGAAGGAUGAUGACCAUUUUACUGAUGCAGAAACUGUGAAAAAUCUUCCUCAAUCAGUUAACAUUUUUUUCUCCAGA